GCCUGCGCCGGGCCCUGCAGCUGGACGGACUGCUUCUGGGCGACGGCAGCGACAACGAGGAUGACUGGGGGGGCGUGAGCGGCAUCAGGCCGCUGUUGGAGGAGCAGGACCGGGAGGCGGUGUGGGAUCUGGACGAGAGCGGCGAGGAGAAGUUUCCGGAUCCGGAGGUGCGGCUCUUCCAGCACGACUGCCACCGCCAGGGCCACCAGUGGCGCCCGCGGAAUGCGUCGACCGCCAGCAGAGCCGGGGGAGUGAGCGGCGCCGGUGGGUUGGGCCUGGGGAGGAAGAGUGCCUCGUCGCCCUCGCUGAGCUCCCUCGUCUUCGCCUCGUCACCCAACGCCGUCGGCACGCCGGGCAGCCUGUCCCCUCUGCUCUCCCCGUGCUCGUCCCGGCUGUCCAGCCCGGUGCCACUGCACCAACUCCUGCUCCUGCCGAGGGGAACGCAACGCGAGGACGAAGGCCAGCGCAAACAUGCCAUGGCAGGAGUAGCGAACUCCACCAGAGCAACCGAGAGUGAGGACGAACAACACACCCCCAGCAGGUCUGCGUUGGCGCUUGAGUUCAACAACACCAACCAGAGGGCUCCCAGAUGGUUUGUGCCAGGGAAACCAGCUUUCCCACCCAUGCCUACAGAAGAGACGUUGCUGAACCAGGAGGAUGACUGGCACCUUGAUCUGGACUUCUCCCUGUCCUUCUGUAAGUCAGUUGCCCAGGCCUCCAGUCUCAACCACGCCGACUUCCUGAGGAUCACACCCCCGGAGCAUGACAUCAUCAGCGAUGCGCCAUUCUCCCCUGAAUUGGUGUUUGUAGCGGAGGACUCCCCCCUAGCGGAGCAAGAGGAGAGGACUCCUCGGCGCCUGCAGGCCAUCUGGCCUCCGCCAAAGCCCAAAGACGAGGUGGGGCUCAAGUACACAGAAGCAGAACACCAGGCGGCCCUACUGCAGCUGAAGAGAGAGAGCAAAGAAGAGGUUGAGAAGUUACAAGCAGACUUUGAGCUGAAGCUCUUCCGAGUCCGUGGGGAGAACGCAGAGAACGUGUCCCGUCUGGAGGACGAGUUGGCCAAGCUGCAGAGAGACAAAGACGAGGCCACGCGCGGAGACUUCCGAGACGCAUGCGUGUCCACCGAGGACGACUUCUCACCCAGGACCUUCCGCACCGUUUGCGUCCAGACAGAUAGAGAGACCUUCAUCAAGCCCGCCGAGGAGGAGGAGGGUCGAAGCGUCAGUCAGAACACCAAUAUCAGCGUUCCCAAGAAACUCAACCUCACUUCACUAACUCUUGGCCUAUCUGGGAAAACUGAGCCAGCUUCAGCACAAGAACCCCCUGCUCUGCCUUCUCUCCACCAAUCAGACUGCUCGACCACAUCAUCAUCAUCACCCAUGAUGUCGCCAGGUUCCACAGACUUGACCCCACCUCCGGCGCCUCCACUUCCUGGUUCUCUGACGUCCACUUCAUGUGCAGAAGCUCCUCAGGCACCUGGCGGGCCCCCCAUCCCACCUCCACCUCCGCCACCUGUGCCUUCAUGUGGUCCCCCCCCAGCACCACCUCCUCCGCCUUCCCACGGCGGCAGUCCUCUGCCUCCCCCACCUCCCCCAGGAGUUGGUUUCGCCCUGAGCUCACCUCUGAAGAAGCCCCCCAGGAAGCCCGCUUUCGAACCUUCCUGUCCCAUGAAGCCUCUCUACUGGACGAGGAUUCAAAUUCAAGACAACAACGAUGACACGCUGUGGAGUUCUCUGGAGGAGCCAUCCAUCGUUGACCCCUUUGAGUUUGAGGACCUGUUUGCCAAAGCUACGCUGCAGACCAAGCGGAAGCCUCUCUCCGAGGCCUACGAGCGGAGAAGCAAGGCCAAGAAGAUCAUCAAGCUCUUGGACAGCAAGCGCUCCCAAGCCGUUGGUAUCUUCAUCUCAAGCCUUCAUCUAGAAAUGAAGGACAUCAAGCAAGCUGUUCUGACCGUGGACAACUCUGUGGUGGAUCUGGAGACCCUCGAGGCUUUGUAUGAAAAUAGGGCUCAGCCAGGAGAGUUGGAGCAGCUGAAGAAACACUAUGAGACGUCAGAGGAGGAGCAAAUCAAGCUGCUGGACAAGCCAGAACAGUUCCUGUAUGAGCUCUCUCAGAUCCCUGAUUUCUCUGGCCGAGCUCGCUGCCUCAUUUUUCAGUCUGUGUUCGCAGACAGCAUCGCCUCCAUCAGGCGCAAAGUGGAGAUUGUUUCUCGGGUCUGCAAGGGUCUUCUGGAGGAAGGGAGUGUGCGUGACGUGAUCGGGCUCGUUCUGGCGCUGGGGAACUACAUGAACGGGGGCAGCAGGACCCGAGGCCAGGCGGACGGCUUCGGCCUGGAGAUCCUGCCCAAGCUCAAGGACGUCAAGAGCAGGGACAACCGUAUCAGCCUGGUGGACUACGUUGUGUCCUACUACCUCCGCAACCUUGACGAGAAUGCUGGCACCGAUAAGAGUGUUUUCCCGUUGCCUGAGCCCCAAGAUGUCUUUCUGGCUGCGCAAGUCAAAUUUGAGGACCUGUUCAAAGACCUACGCAAGCUUAGGAAAGACCUCUCAGUGUGUGAACAAGAUGUCCAAAGGGUGUGUUCCAGUUCCUCCGAGGAGCACCUUCACCCAUUCAAGGAGAAGAUGGAGGGUUUUAUUUCACAUGCACAACAAGAUCAUGGUGCAACUGAACAUCAGUUGAUUUGUGCACAGAAAAGCUUCCAUGACUUGGUGGUGUACCUUGGGGUGAAGCCCAAGUCUGGCGAGAAAGAGGUAAUGCCGGGCCAGGUCUUCAUGCUCUGGUUUGAGUUCUGUGGUGAUUUCAAGACACGCUGGAAACGAGAGAGCAAGAACAUCUCCAGGGAAAGGCUAAUAGAGGCCCAGCAAUGUGUCAAAAACAUCACUGGAGAAAAGAAGGUGGAAACGAGAAAGGUCCACGCUAACAGCCUGAAAGAAAGGUUACGCCAGAAAGAGGCCAGCCUGGGUGCCAGCUAAGACCCAGCGAGCGAGAGAGGACAACAGGAACAGAACCUAGAAUGCACCGGACCCUGAGUCUGCAUCUGCAUUGUCAUACUACUGCUUGACCUCCAGUCACUCUCUGGAGGUCUGUGGUACCUCAGUCCACCAAACCUGGGCAUCAGCGUAAGGACAUAUGAUGGGGAAUUGGGACUGUCUGAAUGGCAGACAGACAGGCUGCUGCUGACACUUUAAGGAAAGAGCAGGCGAAGGCCUUGAGCCUACCAGAGUGAGCACUUUAACAUGGACUUUUAUUGGCAUUUGUGACUAAUCAUUUAGGAUUGAAAGUCACAUCAAACAGAUGGAAACUACUGAUUGUAAAAUAUGAAAAUUGUUGCACAGGCAGUGAGUUAUAGUGGUCACCGUGCCACGGGCAGUAUGCAUCAAGUAAUGAACAAGUCUCAUUCUAAAUCAUCUCUUCCCGCAUUAAUACUAAAAAUGUAACUGAAUUGUAAUACUCUAUUUGAAAUAUUGAGUGUUUUAUAUGUUUUAUUUCUAGUGUACAGUCUACACUUUUUCUGUAUAUUUAAAAAUGAAAUUAAUAAUGUGUACAGCAUUGUACUGUCUGAAUGCUGAAUACUUGCAUUCUGUACAAAGUAGCCUUCAAUUCUUCAACCAUCAUGUAGGGUAAUGUAAACUAAUACUGAUCAACCUAAUACUUUUUCUGUUAUCAUGGCGACAUUUCUCAUGUCUGACAGUUACAUAUUUGACAUGUUUGAAAACUAUUACAUGAAUGUUCUAAAAUAUAAAUUCCUCUUUUAACUAA